AUGUCACAUCACAUGAUGAAAGUUAAACGCCCGUACACAGAACUUGAACGUGUAGUGCUACCUUGUUUAGAAAUUGUGGCUGACUUGAUUCAUGGUGGAACAAAAGCAGUUGACAAGGUCAAAAAAAUUGCUGUUUCUGACACUACUAUAUGGCGACGAUGUGCCGUUAUAUCCGCAGAUUUAAAAGAACAACUAAUUCAGAAGUUACUAGAAGCCUCCUCCUUUGGCAUUCAGUUGGAUGAAAACACUGAUAUAAGCAGUGAGUCUCAGCUCAUGGUGUUCUGUAGAUUUCCGGACAUAAAAUCUAACAGGAUAGUUGAACAUUAUCUAUUUUGUCAACCAGUUGGAGAAAAGGCAACUGCUGAAGCAGUUUUCAAUAAAAUAAACGAGUUCUUUGAAGAAGAAGGGUUAGAUUGGUCAAAGUGCAAAUCGGUUACAACAGAUGGAGCAGCAGCUAUGCGAGGCUCACAGAAAGGUUUGAUCGAGAGAAUUAAGCGAAAGUCUCCAGAAUGCAUAGGAAUUCAUUGUAUUCUCCACCGCGAGGCAUUAGUAACAAAGAAACUUGAACUGAAUGCAGGUGACGCUAGUGGUAAAGAAAAUGAAUUACACGAUGUUCUACGGGAGGUCGUAUAUUUUGUGAAUACGAUUAAGAAAAGUUCAAAACAAACGAGACUUUUCUCGAAACUAUGCGAGGAAACAGCCGCCACUUCCAAAAAACUUCUUUUACAUUCAGAAGUACGGUGGCUGUCCCGAGGAAAAGUUCUUUCUCGUGUGUUUGAACUUCGAGAACAAUUAGGGGCGUAUUACACUGAACGAGGAGACCAAAAAGCCAACAGGUUUCGUAAUAUAUAUUGGAUUGCAAAAUUAGCGUACAUGGCGUCGAUUUUUGAUCGUUUGAAUCAAGUGAACGUCAGUCUUCAAGGGAAGGGAGGUGAUAUAUUUCGAUCGACUAGCAAAAUCAAUGCUCUGAAGAUGAAAAUUCAACUCUGGAAAAAUAAUGCUUCUUCGGGAAACUUCAUUGACUUUCCCCUGUUAAGUCAAUAUUUGAAAGAGUCUGGGUGGGAGUUUGAGGACGUUUCAACGAUAAAUACCAUGGUUACCCUCAUUGUUGGUGAUUUAAACUUACUUGGUGAUAAAUUGGCUUUGUACUUUCCUGAAGAUAAUGACAGACGUUUAGAAGAAAACUCGUGGGUAAUGCAGCCAUUUACUAGUGAACCAACAGAAGACGAAGAAUUGUUGGAACUCCGGGAGGAUUUAAAUCAAAAAAUUUCAUUUCGCGAAAUGUAUUACUCAGAGUUUUGGGUUUCUCUUUUUGAAUUUCCCGAGUACAAAAAUCUGGCGGAAAAAGCCAUCGCUCUCCUGGUGCAGAUGCCCACGACUUAUUUGUGUGAAGAAGGGUUUUCCAGUCUUGUUGAAAUCAAGUCAAAAAAGCGAAACUCAAUACUUGAUAUUGAUUCACUAAUGCGGGGAGCAAUUGAAAAAGAACUAAAACCCCGUUAUGAACGAAUUGCCGAAACUAUGCAAGAACAAAGAAGCCACUGA